CUUUUCUUCCCCGUGGAGAGCCCCUGGUGAAGCUUUACAUAGUAUGGAACCUGUCAGUACAGUGCCACUGAAAGACAACCGUCGAAAACAACCAUGUGUCUAAAGUUUGCUCCGGAAGUAUUCGUUUUAAUUUUUCUCUUUGCAGACAAUGUUCGCGGGCAAUGUAACCUAGAGGGAGCACAAGUCUGUCUGGCCAACAUCAGCAUUCCCGACCAAAACACCCAAGACAUACGGGAGGCCUGUCAGGCGUAUAAAAAUGUAGACUCCUGCCUCUCCCCAUUCCAAGCCAGCUGUCAGCAGGACCCAAGCUACCAGGAAAUGAUCUCGGGGUUUGCCGUUAUAGAGAGUUACUGUGUCGGUAAUGAAAACUGCGACCCGUCUAAAUGUUACCAAAUCGUUGGAAUAGACAUAUCUGGAGCUAGUCAGCCAUCUCAGGACACCAACAAAUGCGCAAAAUAUGCUGAUUUUAAGAAGUGCGUGGAAAUCCAAACUCCUGCGUGUGAAGGGAACAUUAUGUUAAGCAUGUUAAACGAGACCUACGCCGCUCUAACAAUAGCAUGCACGGAGGAAAUCAAUCCGGGUGCCAUGACCCCUGAUUGUGAUAUCCAGGCCUUUGGAAAGUGUGUGGCUGAGUCAGGCAUAGACCCAGGAACUCUGCAGAAAAAAUACAACUGUGAUAUAUUAAAAGCAACGUCAGCUUGCAUCUCAAAAUUUGAAUCCAAAUGUAAGGAACACUCUAUGUACUCAGCCAUGGCCUCGGAGAUUAAACAACUUAUAAAGGGUUGUGAAACAAUCUGUAGAAUUGACGGGUGUUUGGCUGGGUUAGAAUUUCCUGUUGACAAUUGCAUAAACAUAAACAAUUCUAUAGCUUGUGUAGAAGCAAAGAAAUACGAAUGCCAAGAAGAUCCCUCUUUGCUAGACACCGUCGAUGGGCUCAACAAACUCUGUACUGAAAUAUCAGGAAAGCGAGAACAAUCAGCUUACAAAACCUGCUUUGAUGAGGCAAAAAUUAAUACAAAUUGUCAGAAAAUCUUGGAAACUCUACCAGAAAAUGACAGUACAGACAAAGUCUGCCAAACAGUUACAGAGUAUUCCAUGUGCGCUAAGAGGUCUCUCUCAGGGUGUGACGGCGAGGUAGAGGACUUUGUUACAGACACGUCGAAGAAACUCAUCAGCCUGAGAACCAGGCGGAAGAAUGGCAUCGAGUGUCCAACAAGUAGCGGAAGAGCUUUCAUUCCAACAUCAUGGAUAGCUAUUACAGGGCUUCUAGUAUUCUUGACAAUGAAUGCUCAGUAAAUUUGGAUGUCAGAUACCACCUGUUAUUAGCUUUUUAAUCUCUCAGGCAUAUUCUUAUUUACCUUCAAUGUUUGUGUAUUAAAUCUUCGACAACCAUUGGGAAGUUAAUUACAUUACCAAAAAUUCAUGACAAUGUAUAUCAUAUACAUGUAUAACAUUUUGUCGUAAUUGCCACGUUAUUUAGUAUAUUAGGUAUAAAUAUUGAUCAAAAAUCGGCUGCACUUGCAAUAGUAAAGAAACAUUGGGGGACAACAUGCAGUACUGUCAUAUAAAAGUCACUUGAGUGAAUCCGAUGAAUUACUUGCUCAUUAAAAAUGUUUUAUGAAAAUGAUUUUGGGGUUACACUAAUGAGAUGAGGCAUAUUUGAUAUUUCAAUGUAAUGCUAAUUAUGAUUAUAAGCCCACAUAAAACUUUAUUUAUAGCAAUCUGUAUUAUAUGUUUUUGUACCAUGUAGUGUUAUUGAACACAUCAAUUAGAGGAUCGACCUGACAUAAGUAUGAAUGUCAGAUGAAUAAAUUCAACUCAUAUGAACUAAUUGACCCUUCAAACUGUUGCCUUCUUUUUGUGAUAUAUUUAUCAGCUUGGAUUUCUGAACACAUGUUAGCUGUUGAUCUUGAAUGUUUCAAUAUUUACUAGUUUUGUACAUGCCAUUGCGAAUUGGUUGUUUAAUGUAUCACAUUUGUAUUUGAAAUAAAACUCUCCAACCUUUCAAUUUGAAUGAGCUGUGUUAAAAUUAAUGUUCUUUGAUAAGGCAAUCAAAUCGCAGUGCAUACCAUUUAUUU